GGAAGGUUACAAAUCUCUUCCUGGCACUUCUCUCUUGCUCUGCACUCGGGUUUUUUGAUAGCAAUAGCAAUGCAGGACUGCAUGGGAACAGGUGCAUUUUGGUGCAGACAGGUGACAGCUGAGAUUGUGACACUCUGAGUGGAUCCAUAAUAAAUUUUCUGCUCCUCAUUUAGAGUACUGAAAAACCAAGAACUACUGGGUCCCUAUUCCACCCUCCCCUUUCCUUUCCUGAAGAGCCCAAGAGGAAAAAGCUGUGGAAGAAAGCAGAGGGUUGCAAAAGAGAUAUUUGGCAUUGCUUAUUUUGGAGUCAGCAGAUCCUCAGAGACUCCGGGUCCAAAGGAUGAGCUGGGAUUCAGCAUGGGACCAGAAAAUGGAACAGCAGUUACUGAGUUCAUCCUAGAGGGUUUCCCAGAGCUUGAUGCAAGACUGCAGCUAUUUUUCUCUGGGGUCCUUCUGCUCAUGUACGUGACAACAGUGAUGGCGAAUGCAACCAUCAUUUUCCUUGUGUGUGUGCAUCACCACCUGCAAACCCCCAUGUACUUUUUCAUCAGCAACCUGGCCUUCCUGGAGAUCUGGUUUACAUCCUCCACAAGCAUCAAACUGUUUGUCAUGCUGAGCUGUGGCCAGAACAGUCUCUCACUAAGCAGCUGCUUUGCCCAGAACUAUUUCUAUUUUGCUCUGGGCUGCACAGAGUUUGUCCUGCUGGUUGUCAUGGCCUUUGACCGCUAUGUUGCCAUCUGCCACCCUUUGCUCUACGCUGCCAUCAUGAAGCCUCAGCUCUGUGUCCGCCUGGUUGUUGCUGCUUGGGUCCUGGGCUUUGCCCUGCUGAGCUACCGGCUGCCCUUCCUCUCUGAGCUGUCUUUCUGUGGCUCCAAGAUCCCCCAUUUCCUUUGUGACAACUCCCCCUUGUUCAAACUGUCCUGCUCUGACACCAGCCUGCUUUGGAAAAUAGACUCUGUCUUCUUAUCCUGUGUUGUGCUGGGUUCCUUAUGUCUGACUCUGACAUUUUACAUUUGCAUCCUUUCCUGUGUUCUGCAUCUUCCAGCAGCCUCUGGGAGGAGGAAAGCUUUGACUACGUGUUCUUCCCAUCUCAUCACCUUAUCCAUUGUCUAUGGGAGCUGCAUUGCUCUCUACACGUGUCCUGCAGAAGAUGUUUCCUUGAGGACCAACAAAAUUGUAGCUCUGCUGAACACAGUCCUGUACCCAUUCCUAAAUCCAUUCAUCUACAGCCUUCGGAACAAAUCUGUGAUCCUGGCCCUGAACAAAACCAUUGCCAGGACAAGAACAAAGCUUUUCCCCUAACCAUGGUGCAUUUCUGGAAAGCCAUCCCAAGAAUCUGGGAUCAUGUGUUACCCAAUACCAGUGCCUGUGUGUGCAGCCUCCAAACAUGGCUGCCUCAGGAGAUGGAUGCUCCUGCAGGGCUGUGUCAGGUUAAGAGGUAAGAGACUCAUCUGCACACCCAGGCAGGGC